UCGGACCCGAGCGGCGGCCGGCGCGGGCCAAGGCGCUUCCCGGGGCGCGUCGUCGGCCGCCGGUGAGCGGCGCGGCGUCGCCUCGCGGGCCCGGGAGCGCCCUAUGCGCGCCCGGCGGGGCUCCCGGCGCGGCGGCGGCGCCGAGCGCGGCAGGUCCCAGGGUAGCCAAGGAUGGCUGCAGCUUCCUAUGAUCAGUUGUUAAAGCAAGUUGAGGCCCUGAAGAUGGAGAACUCCAAUCUUCGACAGGAGCUGGAAGAUAAUUCCAAUCAUCUUACCAAACUGGAAACUGAGGCAUCUAACAUGAAGGAAGUACUUAAACAACUACAAGGAAGUAUUGAAGAUGAAGCCAUGGCUUCUGCUGGACAGAUUGAUUUAUUAGAACGUCUCAAAGAACUUAACUUAGAUAGCAGCAAUUUCCCUGGAGUGAAACUGCGGUCCAAGAUGUCCCUCCGCUCCUUUGGAAGCCGGGAAGGCUCCGUGUCCAGCCGCUCAGGGGACUGCGGCCCCCUGCCUGCCACCUCCUUUGGAAGCCGGGAAGGCUCCGUGUCCAGCCGCUCAGGGGAGUGCAGCCCCCUGCCUGCGGGCUCCUUCCCGAGGAGAGUGGUGGUCAACGGGAGCAGAGAGAACACCAGCUACUUAGAGGAGCUGGAGAAGGAGAGAUCAUUGCUUCUUGCUGACCUUGACAAAGAAGAAAAGGAAAAAGAUUGGUAUUAUGCUCAACUUCAGAAUCUCACAAAAAGAAUAGACAGUCUUCCUUUAACUGAAAAUUUCUCCUUGCAAACAGAUAUGACCAGGCGGCAGUUAGAAUAUGAAGCAAGACAGAUCCGAGUCGCCAUGGAGAAGCAGCUCGGAACUUGCCAAGACAUGGAGAAGCGAGCACAGCAAAGAGUAACCAGAAUCCAACAAAUUGAAAAGGACAUUCUUCGUAUACGACAGCUUUUACAGGCCCAAGCAUCAGAAACAGAGAGACCAGCUCAGCACAAGCAUGAAAAUGGCUCGCAGGAAGCAGAACGGCAGAGUGAAGGCCAGGGAGUGGUAGACGUCAGCAUGGCAGCUUCUGGCAGUGGGCAGGGUCCAGCUGCACGAGUGGAUCCCGAAACAGCCAGUGUGUUAAGUUCCAGCAGUACACACUCUGCCCCUCGAAGGCUGACCAGCCACUUGGGAACCAAGGUGGAAAUGGUGUAUUCAUUGUUGUCAAUGCUUGGUACUCAUGAUAAGGAUGACAUGUCGCGAACUUUGCUAGCUAUGUCCAGCUCCCAAGACAGCUGUAUAUCCAUGCGGCAGUCUGGCUGUCUCCCUCUGCUCAUCCAGCUCUUACAUGGCAAUGACAAAGACUCUGUGUUGUUGGGAAGUGCCCGGGGCAGUAAAGAGGCCAGGGCCAGGGCCAGCGCAGCACUCCACAACAUCAUCCACUCACAGCCUGACGACAAGCGAGGCAGGCGUGAAAUCCGAGUCCUUCAUCUUUUGGAACAGAUACGAGCGUACUGUGAAACCUGUUGGGAGUGGCAGGAAGCUCAUGAACAAGGCAUGGACCAGGACAAAAAUCCAAUGCCUGUUCCUGUUGAGCACCAGAUCUGCCCUGCUGUGUGUGUUCUUAUGAAACUUUCAUUUGAUGAAGAACAUAGACAUGCAAUGAAUGAACUUGGCAGGAAGGCUCCCCGGGGCAUCCCACCACAGGAGCUAGGGCAGGGCCUUCCAGGGGGACUGCAGGCCAUUGCAGAAUUAUUGCAAGUGGACUGUGAGAUGUACGGGCUCACUAGUGAUCACUACAGUAUUACAUUAAGACGAUAUGCUGGAAUGGCUUUGACAAACUUGACUUUUGGAGAUGUAGCCAACAAGGCAACACUCUGCUCUAUGAAAGGCUGCAUGAGAGCCCUGGUAGCCCAGCUGAAGUCGGACAGUGAGGACCUGCAGCAGGUUAUUGCAAGUGUUCUGAGGAAUCUGUCUUGGCGAGCAGAUGUGAAUAGUAAAAAGACACUACGUGAAGUUGGGAGUGUGAGAGCAUUGAUGGAAUGUGCUCUGGAGGUUAAAAAGGAAUCAACCCUCAAAAGUGUGCUGAGUGCCUUAUGGAACCUGUCCGCACACUGCACGGAGAACAAAGCUGACAUCUGUGCUGUGGAUGGAGCUCUGGCGUUCUUGGUCGGCACUCUCACUUACAGGAGCCAGACGAAUACGUUAGCCAUUAUUGAAAGUGGAGGUGGAAUAUUACGAAACGUUUCAAGCUUGAUAGCGACAAAUGAGGACCACAGACAAAUCCUAAGAGAGAAUAACUGCCUGCAAACAUUAUUACAGCAUUUAAAAUCUCACAGUUUGACAAUAGUCAGUAAUGCCUGUGGGACCCUGUGGAAUCUCUCAGCAAGAAAUCCCAAAGACCAGGAGGCAUUGUGGGAUAUGGGGGCAGUAAGCAUGCUGAAGAACCUCAUUCAUUCAAAGCACAAAAUGAUCGCGAUGGGGAGUGCUGCAGCAUUACGGAAUCUCAUGGCAAAUAGACCUGCAAAAUACAAGGAUGCCAAUAUCAUGUCUCCUGGUUCGAGUUUGCCAUCUCUUCAUGUUAGGAAACAAAAGGCCCUGGAAGCAGAAUUAGAUGCUCAGCAUUUAUCAGAAACAUUUGACAAUAUUGACAAUUUAAGUCCCAAGGCAUCUCAUCGUAGUAAGCAAAGACACAAGCAGGGUGUCUAUGGGGACUAUGUGUUUGACACCAACCGACAUGACGAUAACAGAUCAGAUGGUUUUAAUACUGGAAACAUGACUGUUCUUUCACCAUAUUUAAACACUACAGUGUUGCCUAACUCUUCAUCAAGGGGAAGUUUAGAUAGUUCCCGUUCUGAAAAAGAUAGGAGCUUGGAGAGAGAACGAGGAAUUAGUUUAGGCAACUAUCACCCAGCAACAGAAAACCCAGGAACCUCUUCCAAGCGAGGUUUGCAGAUUUCUACCACUGCAGCGCAGAUUGCCAAAGUCAUGGAAGAAGUAUCAGCCAUUCAUAGCUCCCAAGAAGACAGAAGUUCUGGAUCUGCCCCUGAAAUACAUUGUGGAACAGAUGAGAGAAAUGCAUUAAGACGAAGCUCAACUGCCCACACACACUCAAACACUUACAACUUCACUAAGUCAGACAAUUCAAAUAGGACGUGUCCAAUGCCUUAUAGCAAGUUGGAAUAUAAGAGAUCUUCAAACGAUAGCUUAAAUAGUGUCAGUAGUAGUGAUGGUUACGGUAAAAGAGGGCAAAUGAAACCUUCCAUUGAGUCCUACUCAGAGGAUGAUGAAAGUAAAUUCUGCAGCUAUGGUCAAUAUCCAGCUGACCUGGCUCAUAAAAUACAUAGUGCAAAUCACAUGGAUGAUAAUGAUGGAGAACUAGACACACCGAUAAAUUACAGCCUCAAAUACUCAGAUGAGCAGUUGAAUUCUGGAAGGCAGAGUCCUUCUCAGAAUGAGAGAUGGUCAAGAUCCAAACAUAUUCUAGAAGAUGAAAUAAAACAAAAUGAGCAAAGACAGUCCAGGAGUCAAAGCACAACUUACCCUCUAUAUACUGAGACCACUGACGAUAAACAUCUCAAGUUCCAACCACAUUUUGGACAGCAGGAAUGUGUUUCCCCAUAUAGAUCAAGGGGAGCCAAUGGUUCAGAAGCAAACCGAGUAGGUUCUAAUCAUGCUAUCAACCAGAACGUAAACCAGUCAUUGUGCCAAGAAGACGACUAUGAAGAUGAUAAGCCAACUAAUUAUAGUGAACGCUACUCUGAGGAAGAGCAGCGUGAGGAUGAAGAGAGAACAACAAACUACAGUAUCAAAUAUAAUGAAGAAAAACAUCAUGUGGAUCAGCCUAUCGAUUAUAGUCUAAAAUAUACCACAGACAUUCCUUCCUCACAGAAACCAUCCUUUUCCUUCUCAAAGAGUCCAUCUGCCCCAAACCCUAACCCUGAACAUGUCUCUUCAAGUAGUGAGAGCACUGCCACACCUUCAUCUCGUACACAGAGGCAGAACUCACUCCAUCCAGGUUCAGCACAGAGCAGAAGUGGCCACACUCAGAAAGCGGCCUCAUGCAAAGUUCCCUCUAUCAACCAAGAAACAAUACAGACUUACUGUGUAGAAGAUACGCCAAUAUGUUUUUCAAGAUGUAGUUCAUUAUCAUCUUUGUCAUCAGCCGAAGAUGAAAUUGGAUGUGAUCAGACAACACAGCCAACAGAUUCUGCUAAUACUCUACAGAUAGCAGAAAUUAAAGAAAACAGUGGCACUAGGUCAACCGAAGAUUCAGUGACUGAAGUUCCCACAGCGUCCCAGCACAUUAGAGCCAAGUCAAGCAGACUCCAGACUUCUGGUUUAUCAGCUGAAUCGACCAGGCACAAAGCUGUAGAGUUUUCUUCAGGAGCCAAAUCUCCAUCAAAGAGUGGGGCCCAGACACCUAAAAGUCCCCCAGAGCACUAUGUGCAGGAGACCCCACUCAUGUUUAGUAGAUGUACGUCUGUCAGCUCACUAGACAGUUUUGAGAGUCGCUCUAUUGCCAGUUCUGUUCAGAGUGAGCCCUGCAGUGGGAUGGUCAGUGGCAUUAUAAGCCCCAGUGACCUUCCAGAUAGCCCUGGACAAACCAUGCCACCAAGCAGAAGUAAGACUCCGCCUCCUCCUCAAAUAAUUACAAAUAAGCAAGAGGUACCUCAAAACAAAAUACCUGCGGCUGAAAAGCCUGGGCCAAAACAAGCUGCUGUGCAUGCUGCUGUGCAGAGGGUACAGGUCCUGCCAGACGCUGAUACUUUGAUGCAUUUCGCUACAGAAAGUACUCCAGAUGGGUUUUCGUGUUCAUCCAGCCUGAGUGCUCUGAGCCUUGAUGAACCAUUUAUCCAGAAAGACGUGGAAUUAAGAAUCAUGCCUCCAGUUCAGGAAAAUGACAAUGGGAAUGAAACAGAAUCUGAGCAGCCUGAAGAAUCAAAUGAAAAUCAGGAAAAAAAGAUAGAGAAGCCUACUGAUUCUGAAAAAGACCUUCUAGAUGAUUCUGAUGAUGAUGAUAUUGAAAUACUAGAAGAAUGUAUCAUUUCUGCCAUGCCAACAAAAUCGUCACACAAAGUCAAAAAGCCAUCCCAGACUGCUUCAAAAUUACCUCCACCUGUGCCACGGAAACCAAGUCAGUUGCCUGUGUACAAACUUUUACCAUCACAAAACCGGCUACAAGCACAAAAGCAUGUUAGCUUUACACCAGGAGAUGAUGUGCCACGAGUCUAUUGUGUCGAAGGGACACCUAUCAACUUUUCUACAGCAACAUCUCUGAGUGAUUUAACAAUAGAAUCCCCUCCAAAUGAGUUAACUGCAGGAGAAGGAGUUAGGGCAGGGCCACAGGUAGGCGAGACUGAGAAGCGAGACACCAUUCCCACCGAAGGCAGGAGUACAGAUGAAGCCCGCAGAGGAAAAGCCUCGUCUCUCACUACACCCGAAUCAGAAGACAGUAAAACAGAAGAAGGCGAUAUUCUUGCAGAAUGCAUUAACUCUGCUAUGCCCAAAGGAAAAAGCCACAAGCCUUUCCGGGUCAAAAAGAUAAUGGACCAGGUCCAACAGGCCUCUAUAUCUUCAUCUGGAACUAACAAAAAUCAAGUAGAUAGUAAGAAAAAGAAACCAACUUCACCAGUUAAACCUAUGCCACAAAACAGUGAAUAUAGGACUCGUGUCAGAAAAAAUGCUGACUCAAAAAGUAAUUUAAGCUCAGAAAGAACUUUCCUUGACAACAAAGAUCCAAAGAAACAGAACUUGAAAAAUAAUUCCAAAGAUUACAAUGAUAAGCAACCAAACAAUGAAGAUCGAAUCAGAGGAAGUUUUACUUUUGAUUCACCUCAUCAUUACACACCUAUUGAGGGAACUCCAUAUUGUUUCUCACGAAAUGAUUCUUUGAGUUCUCUAGAUUUUGAUGAUGAUGAUGAUGUUGACCUUUCCAGGGAAAGAGCUGAAUUAAGAAAGGGGAAGGAAAAUAAAGAAUCAGAAGCUAAAGUUACUGUCCACACAGAUCUAACUUCAAACCAGCAGUCAAGUACUAAGGCACAAGCUGUUACAAAACAUCCAGUAAAUCGAGUUCAGUCUAAACCCAUACUGCAAAAACAAUCUACUUUUCCCCAGUCGUCCAAAGAUAGAGGGGCAGCAACUGAUGAAAAAUUACAAAAUUUUGCUAUUGAAAAUACUCCAGUUUGCUUUUCUCGAAAUUCCUCUCUAAGUUCUCUUAGUGAUAUUGAUCAAGAAAACAAUAACAGUAAAGAAAAUGAGCCUAUCAAAGAGAGAGAGCCCCCUGAUUCACAGGGAGAACCAAGUAAACCUCAGACAUCAGGGUAUGCCCCUAAGUCAUUUCAUGUCGAAGAUACCCCGGUUUGUUUCUCAAGAAACAGUUCUCUCAGCUCCCUUAGCAUCGAUUCUGAGGAUGACUUAUUGCAGGAAUGUAUAAGUUCUGCAAUGCCAAAGAAGAAAAAGCCUUCACGACCCAAGGGUGAUAAUGAGAAGCACAGUCCCAGGAAUAUGAGUGGCAUUUUGGCAGAAGAUUUGACACUUGAUUUGAAAGAUAUAGAGAGACCAGAUUCAGAACAUGGCUUAUCACCUGAUUCUGAAACUUUUGAUUGGAAAGCCAUUCAGGAGGGUGCCAAUUCUAUAGUGAGUAGUUUACAUCAGGCUGCUGCAGCUGCCUGCUUAUCAAGACAAGCUUCAUCAGACUCGGACUCCAUCCUGUCACUGAAAUCAGGAAUCUCUCUGGGCUCACCAUUUCAUCUUACACCUGACCAGGAGGAGAAACCCUUUACAAGCAAUAAAGGCCCACGGAUUCUAAAACCUGGGGAGAAAAGUACACUGGAAACUAAAAAACUAGAAUCAGAAAAUAAAGGAAUUAAAGGAGGGAAAAAAGUUUACAAAAGUUUAAUUACUGGAAAAGUUCGAUCUCAUUCAGAAGUUUCCAGCCAAAUUAAACCACCCCUGCAAACAAAUAUGCCUUCAAUCUCUCGAGGUAGGACAAUGAUUCACAUUCCUGGAGUUCGAAAUAGCUCUUCAAGUACUAGUCCUGUUUCUAAAAAAGGCCCUCCUGUUAAGACUGCGUCCUCCAAGAGUCCUAGUGAAGGUCAGACAGUUGCCACUUCUCCAAGAGGAGCCAAGCCACCAGGGAAGUCAGACUCAAGCCCAGUUCCUAAGCUGACCUCACAGGCAGGUGGGCCAAAUACAGCACCAUCAAGGUCAGGCUCCAGAGAGCCCGCUUCUACGAGACCUGCCCAGCCGCCACUAAGCAGACCAUCACGGUCAGGCUCCAGAGAGCCCGCUCCUUCAGGACCUGCCCAGACGCCGCUAAGCAGACCAUCACGGUCAGGCUCCAGAGAGCCUGCUCCUGCGGGACCUGCCCAGCCACCACUGUCCAGGCCUGUGCAGUCUCCGGGGCGAAACUCGAUUUCUCCAGGCAGAAAUGGAAUAAGUCCUAACAAACUCUCUCAACUUCCAAGGACAUCAUCCCCGAGUACUGCUUCAACGAAGUCCUCAGGUUCCGGGAAGAUGCUGUAUACGCCCCCAGGGAGACAGAUGAGCCAGCAGACCCUUACUAAGCAAGCAGGCAUAUCCAAGAAUGGCAGUAGUAUCCCAAGGAGUGAAUCAGCCUCCAAAGGACUAAAUCAGAUGAGUACUAGUAAUGGAUCCAACAAAAAGGUAGAGCUUUCUAGAAUGUCUUCAGCUAAGUCAAGUGGAAGUGAAUCUGACAGGUCAGAGAGGCCCGUCUUAGUCCGCCAGUCAACUUUCAUCAAAGAAGCCCCGAGCCCAACCCUAAGGAGAAAAUUGGAGGAAUCUGCUUCAUUUGAAUCCCUUUCGCCAUCAUCCAGACCAGGUUCCCCAACUCGGUCCCAGGCACAGACGCCAGUUUUAAGCCCAUCCCUUCCUGACAUGCCCCUCUCUGCACAUUCAUCUGUUCAGGCUGGUGGGUGGCGAAAACUUCCCCCAAAUCUCAGCCCCACUGUCGAGUAUAGUGACGGAAGGCCAGCCAAGCGCCACGACAUAGCACGCUCGCACUCUGAGAGCCCUUCCAGGCUUCCCAUCAAUCGGUCUGGAACCUGGAAACGCGAGCACAGCAAACAUUCGUCCUCCCUUCCACGAGUAAGCACUUGGAGAAGAACUGGAAGCUCAUCCUCAAUUCUUUCUGCUUCAUCAGAAUCCAGCGAGAAAGCAAAGAGUGAGGAUGAGAAACAAGUGAACUUUUCUUCAGGCACCAAACCGGCUAAAGAAAACCAAGUAUCCACUAAAGGAACAUGGAGAAAAAUCAAAGAGAGUGAAAUUUCUCCCACAAAUAGUACUUCUCAGACCACUUCCUCAGGUGCUGCAAAUGGUGCUGAAUCAAAGACUCUAAUUUAUCAGAUGGCACCUGCCGUUUCUAAAACAGAGGACGUUUGGGUGAGAAUCGAGGACUGUCCCAUCAACAACCCUAGAUCUGGAAGGUCUCCAACAGGAAAUACUCCCCCAGUGAUUGACAGUUUUUCAGAAAAGGGAAACCCAAAUACUAAAGACUCAAAAGAGAAUCAGGGAAAACAAAGCAUAGGCAAUGGCAGUGUCUCUGUACGCACGGUGGGUCUAGAGAACCGCCUGAACUCCUUUCUGCAAGUGGACGCUGCAGACCAGAAAGGAACUGAGACGAAACCAGGACAAAGUAGCUCUGUCCUUGCAUCUGAGACCAGUGAAAGCGCUAUAGCUGAGCGGACCCCUUUUAGUUCGAGCAGCUCGAGCAAACACAGUUCACCUAGUGGGACUGUGGCUGCCAGAGUAACUCCUUUUAAUUAUAACCCCAGCCCAAGGAAAAGCAGUGCAGACAGCACUUCAGCCCGGCCAUCUCAGAUCCCAACCCCCGUGAACAACAGCACGAAGAAACGAGAUUCAAAAACUGACAGUACAGAAUCCAGUGGUACUCAGAGCCCCAAGCGCCAUUCUGGGUCUUACCUUGUUACGUCCGUGUGAAGGAGCUGGAGGAGGGCACUAAGAAGAUGACCAUUAUGUCCACUUCAACUGCUAUGUAGAAUUUGUUUCAAAUGAAACUGUAAAAGAUGUUUGUAAAUAGGUUUGAUUCUUGUUAGAAGGUUCUGUUCUGGAAGCCAUAUUUGAUAGUAUAAUUGUAUUCACUGGUCAUAUUUUGGAAGGCAGUCUUGGUAGGAAGCAAAUGGUAAAGCCAAGUAUAUCUGUACAGUAUGUUUUACAUGUAUUUAAAUAGCAUCCCGUCCCAUAAUUCUUUAAUUAUUGCUUGUCUUAAAAUAACACUACACAUAGAAGAUAUGAUAUAUUGCUGUUAUCAGUCAUUUCUAGAUUUAAACUCACUAAACUUAACAUCAGGGAGAAAUUGGUAUUUAUGCAAAAAAAAUUGUUUUAGUCCUCAUGAUUCCAUCUAACAUCAUAAUUAAUCAUGUGGCUGUGAAAUUCACAGUAAUAUGGUUCCCGAUGAACAAGUUUACUCAGCCUGAUUUGCUUUAGUGCAUGAAUGAAACUGGUGGUUCAAUUUCAGAAGUAAUGAUUAACAGUUCUGUGGUUAUAUGAUGUGCAUUUAGAUAGGUACAGUGUAACAAAUCAUACUAUUUUGUGCUCAAAAAAUGCUGUGUAACUGUAAAACAUUGAAUGGAAACUAUUUUACCUGGACUAGAUUUUAUCUGAAAGUAGGUAGACUUUUUUGCUAUGCCGUAACUUGUUGUAUAUUCUAGAAUUUGAGGUGAAAAGGCUGCUCUUAUUAAUGAGACAGAAGUUUUGUCUCAGCAGAGACUAAAUGAACAUUUCAGAAUAAAUUAUUGCUGUAUGUAAAUUGAUACUGAAAUGGUAUUUGUUUGAAGGUUCUUAUUUUACACUUGUAUUAAUAAUUGUCCAAAAGAUCUCUUUUAAAACCUUAUAUAAUUUUUUCCAAAUUCUAUGCAUUAAAAGUACAAGUCCUCGGGGCUAGAGUGAUAGUACAGCGGGUAGAGCAUUUGUCUUGCAGCUGACCUGGGUUCAAUCCCCAACAUCCCACAUGGUCCCCCAAGCACUGCCAGGAGUAAUUCCUGAGUGCAAAGCCAGGAGUAACCCCUGACCAUCACUGGGUGUGACCCAAGAAGAAAAAAAAAAGUAAAAUUACUCUUACAAUAAAAAAAGGGGGGGAGAGAGAGAUUGUUGGCAUUUAACAACCCCAUGCAUUGGCACUUAAUCAUUUCUGAAAUUUGUUUUUCUUAUAUGUGAUUAGCACUUCUUUAUGUUAAAUAUUUUUCCCUUAGAUUUUUUUUUCCUUGUUCCACUGGAAUUGAUACAAAACAGAUUUAUGGAGCUCCCUAGGACAGGACUAGGGCUUAUGUAGACUUUGUUUUCCCAAAUAGAAUUUUAUACUCAAAACAUCUAUUACGUUUAGGUCUGUAGUCUCUUCCAAGCCUGUCUUGGAGUAUAGCUUCAUCUUCUCCCUGGUACUGCUAUGUGUGGACAUUUUUAUCAACCUGUAUGUUAUGGCAAAAUUCCAGCUGCCAGAUAUAAUCAGCACUGUACCAUGCCCAGAAAUGCAAGUCACAUGAAAUGCUAAAAGUUAAAUGUUAAAAAAUCCUUAAGCUAUUCAGAAGACUGUUUUUGGAAAACCCUGCUGAAGACUUUGUGUUUAGUGAGUAGCAUUGUGGGCAUGUGUAUCUUCCUCACACAGCAGGGAGAAUCCACCUUGUGAAGGAACACAGACUGAUAAACUUAUUAACAAAGAUAAUAGAUUUUCCCAGAAAUUCUUCUAGAAGAUCAGAAGGUAAGAAAGGUGUUAGUUAAUGAAUGAAAAUUUGUUUUUAAUGAUUAAAUUCAUGCAAUCUGUCUUUGGGGAAAUGAACAUUAUCUGGUCAGGGGUCACUGGGAAGGGAACCUAAGAAAGUCUACCUGGGACCUUGAGGUCACAUCGUGGAGUAUAUUCUAUACCCCUUACCUGCGCUUAAUCACAAGUUUGAAGCUGGUUUUUUAAGCUAAAAUAUAGUAAAGUGCUUUAAGAAAUGAGAUAUUCAAGCCCAGUACCCACACUCUUUCCACUGUACUGUUUUUCAGACUCCUUGGUUUACUUUGGAAUAGAUUUAGAUUUAAAUUUUUGUCAAAUUUUAUUAGAAUGAAAUAGUUUGUGAAUAAUACGAAUAAUUUAUUCUAUUUAUAUUCUAAAGGAUUGCCUUAUCCAACAGAUGUAAUGGAUGUUGGUAUAAUACAUGCAUGUAGGUAAUAUUUCUUUCCUUCUCUUCUAGUCCUGAUUUUCUAUUUUUAUAAAGUAACUGCAUGUCAGUUUUUAUAAAUCACUUCAGAUACAUUCAUGGAAAGAGGUGUAACUCAAUCGGAAUACAGUUGCCUUUACAAGGCAAGAGACACAUCAGUGUGGAUACAAGGGGAAGGUGCCUUCCACAUGCAGAAACUCAGGAACCCCUGAUGGCAGCCGCUGGGAGAGAGCCUGCCGCUGCCUCCUUUUGGCCAUCUCUGGACAGAGGUCUUAGCUCUGAGUUAAGUCAAGGCGCAAAUCUCAGUUCUGCCUUCACAGGGUGCUGCAGUAAUACCAGACUGAGUACUUCCUUUGGACUUGUUACAAAUGCAUAUUGAGCUCCUGUUCAUUAAGGGCUGUAAUGCCUAAGAGGAAUAGGGAGGUUUCUAUUUUAUCAGUUGCAGCAAAAAAAAAUGAAAUGGUUUUCAAAUCACUAAUGGAUCACUGGUUCAUUUGAGUCUCGAGGAAUCCUUAGACACAGAAAAGACAGGUGGAAAUUACCCUAGAUUCUGGCCUUUCCAUGGAGUUGAAGAAUAUGCUAUUUUAACAGACUUGCAGGGAAUGUGUUACUGCUGUUCUGGGGGUAACACUUUGAGAAUUACUGGGCCAGAAAGUAAUACAGAGAUUUAGGCCACCCAUUUGCUUUGCAUCCCUGGUACCACCAGGAUUGAUUCCUGAGCAUAGAGCACCUCUGGGUGUGGCCCAAACUCCAGAAAAAGGGAAGUGUUCCCCUGACUCAGCCCCUUGAAUGAUACUUUCAGUUCUGGCUGUUUCUCUGUCCAUUCGACAGCUGGACCUUAAAACUAACAUUUUCUCCUCCAUUCCAUAGGAAAUAUUUGGCACACCCUGUCUUAAUUCCCAGUAGUAGCUUGGCAAGAAUUAAGGAGGAAGUAAUUCUGAAGGUACUGACUAAAACAGUUAAUGUCAUGCAUUUCAUAUAACAGUUCUGGGUUUGCAAUAUUCAGACAAGAUUAAAAAGGAAAAAGAAACGGAAAUUCUAAUGAGGAAGUAAUUGUUUUAGAUAAGGGGGAAGUGCCCUGUCUGUUAAUAACAGUGUGUGUGACUUAAUAACCAGCUACAGAUCGGUCUUGGAGGGUUGACUACAAGCUACAAAGGAGAGUUGAAGAGGGAAACAAUAAAAGAUGGCCAGUAAAGAUCAGACAGCACUGUAAGGCCAGCAAGGUCUUGACUGUAUAACAUGAUGGUGUUACCACAGGGUAAGUAAAGAAAUGAGUCUUGCCAAGGAUGGAAGCCAGUCGCUCUGUGACUGAUUGAUUAUCUGUCAUCACAGAUUCCUAGGGUAGCAAAAAAAAGAGUGCCAAAAAAAAAUGCGUAAAGUUAAUUGCCAAGAACUAAAUAAUUGAAUCAUCAGGUAAUUUACCAAAUAAUAUGGCAAAUGUUGUGAAAGCUGAAAUAGCAUAUAUAAACUUCUUUUGUAAGAAACCUGCUUUCUCAUGCUAACUUAAAAAUACUAUUUUAUAAUGUUGAAACCUACAGACUAAACAGCAGUUCCUUUCCUGUAUUCUACUAUGUUCUAUGGUCUGUAAAACUAUACCUUGGUUUUUGUUAGGUCACUGAUGCUUCUUUCAAUCUGUAUGUUCUGUGUGUUUACUAUUGCUCUUGGUGCUAAUACACUUUCUUUCCUUUAUAUUCAGGAUAAUUCUUUAUUAACAUUUGUGACUCUUUAAGUUUUGUGAUUAUCACUUCUUUCAAAUUAAAAAUACUCAACACAAUG